AUGCCGACGAACCUCCUCGCACUCAAUGACGAUGUCCUCGCCAUCCUCGUCUCCUUCCUGAGCUGCGCAGACGCACAUCAACUCUCGUAUACGACCCGCGCAAUUCACGACGUUGCCACCCAUCGCGCGCUACACUCCGUCACCCUGCGCUCGUUUCCCCGAGUCGUCAAGUUCUGCACCUACAUGCUGGAUAACAUGCGACAUCGCCGGACCGCUAUCCAUGAACUGAGGAUUCAUUGCUACAUCGUACCAGCACCAGAGGCCAUCAACACCAGUCGUACUGCGGAGACCUAUGCGGAAGGAGGUGGUCUGCUAACCAGGCUACUGCAAGGCGCUACAUGCCUUCGCAUAUUCGCUCUGGACUGUGCCGAGUACUGGAUGGAGUACCAGACUCGGCUGGUCGACGUCUUAUCUUCCAUGACCCACCUGACGGAGUUAGAGCUGCAGGUCGUUGGACCAAACGCUUCGAGAUUGAUCAACGGAAUGCAAUCCACGCCUCGCAAGCUCGUUUUCAAGGCACCUCGGCGGCGGGGGCCAGCGAACCGACAGGCCUUACCAGUUGGCGCAAAACUUGAACUGGGUUCGCAGCUCCGUAUCACGAGUGUGGUACACCUUGCAGCAAUGGAUCCAGCGAAUCAAUCCGAGCUAGCUGAUCUAGCGCGGAUAUUCCCUGGUACUCGCAGCCUCGACAUCAGGCUCGAGUAUUCUCCCCCUGUCCGUCGUGGACAACCUAUACCGACGAUUCAGUGGGCAGCACUGGAAUACAUUCGCGGUCCGGGCUUUUCAUUGGCAAAAUGGCGCAAUGUGACUGGUGUACAUCUGUUGGAGUUGGUGGUCGAGCACUCGCGCCAAUUCAAUGAUUAUUCAAUUGGCCUAGCCGCCAUCGCAGCAGUGACGAACUUUCAGCCCGUCGCACUGGUAGUGCGGAUGGACUCAACCCUCAACCACGAUUUCUGGAAACAACUCAUCCGGAGCUCGGAGCGUCUCCGAUAUCUGGCCGUCACUGCGGACAAACCGCGUUGUGCGAAGCGCUCACAUGAAUCGGGAAUUGCGUGUACCUUUUCGACAUAUGUUCGUAUGACACGUGCGGAGCAAAACUACAUAGCUAAGUGGUGGGGGAAAUUCAGUCAGAUCACCAAGUCCUGGCAGAUCGCCGAGCUAAGCCGCAUCGUAUGCCUGGAAAUCCGCUGUCCUCUACGGCGCGAGUCGCAGUGGGAAUACAAAGCCGGCGCAACUGGCGCGUUUGACUUGGAUGUUCCUUCCUUUGAGGACCCGAUAUACCGUGCGUUCCCCGUCUCCGUGCGAGACACAGCACCUACGCUCUCCUACCUCUCUCUCGACCUGAGCCCCGAAGGCGAGUCGCCUUGGAGAUACAACUUCCUGGAACCGGAACACAGCCUGGAGGGCAUACUACCUCUGGACCUGCGCUGGUGGCGUUUCGAAGGCACGUCGAACUCAAGAUCCGUGAAGGUGCUCGAUGCAGCCAAGGGGGAACGAAUUGCUGCGCAUCUACGGUCUACCCGUUGCGAUUCUAGUCGACCAUUCAGCGGUUCGUGUGUUCCACAUACGUAUGGCUUCUGCGUGCACUGAUGAUCUUGCACAGAAUACGACGUUCAAUACUGAUCCAACCUCUAUGUGUGCAUGCAUAAAAGGUGGGUGUGAUUCUGUACGCACAAGUUAACCUCCACUUGUACACUGCUUAGUAUUGUGGAACUGGACAUGCGAUUUCACGAACGGACUUCCUUGUUACGUUAAGUCCAUUCCAUGGUGUUUACUCCUUUGUCAAUGAUCGUGCUGCGAGUGGUAUGAC